UGGUAUUUUUCCCUUUUGAGGCGGUCGUUAAUGUAUUACUGCAGCUCAAAUGAAUCGACUGUAAGAUUAUUGACGGUUUAAAAUCGCAUGAUAUCAACCUGUUAUCCGUGAAACACCAACCGAACGACGUAUGUCGCUAUCAUUACACUAAAGACGUCAAGACUAAUCAAACACACCCACUAAGAACAUUGUUCCACGCUGAAUUGUCCCUUUUGCAAGGACAUUCCGAACUGUUUUUCUUGUAUUUCUGGACCACCCAUUCGCUGAGCAUGUCAGUUGCCCUUCUUGUGCGAUAUGCCACGCUCAGCGGGUCUCGAGUCUGCUGCAGGGCUGCCCUCGGUCUGACUGGCGCUCACCAGAAAGACCCGAGGCGGUCUCUACACUGUCCAUCAUCCGUCCGAUCCAGCAACUCCCGAUUUGAUCCGGACAGCAGCGGCAAGCCCACAACCUGGGACUCGUUUGGGAUCUGGGACAACCGGAUCGAUGCGCCCAUUUUACUUCCGUCGAGCAUCCGCUACGGAAAACUUAUUCCCAAAGUCAGCCUGUCCAAGGUGGGCUGCGCCUCUCUGAUCGGUCAGCGGAAGGAAAAUGAAGACCAAUACCAGCUGUCUCAUAUGACGGACAAUAUCAUGUACUUUGCAGUGUUCGACGGACAUGGAGGGGCAGAAGCUGCCGAAUUUUGUCACAAGCACAUGGAGCAUUAUAUUAAAAAAAUUGCCGAAGAAGAGGAUAACUUGGAGUUUGUUUUAACCAAAGCUUUUCUUGAGGUGGACAAAGCAUUAGCACGGCACCUUCACUUCAUUGCAGAUGCCUCUUUAUUAAGCGCAGGCACCACGGCCACAGUGGCCCUGUUGAGAGACGGCAUCGAGCUGGUGGUGGGCAGCGUGGGGGACAGCCGUGCCAUGCUGUGCCGCAAAGGCAAGGCUCUCAAGCUCACCGUGGACCACACACCUGAAAGAAAGGAUGAGAAGGAGAGGAUACGUAAAAGUGGAGGUUUUAUUACGUGGAACAGUCUGGGUCAACCAAACGUCAACGGAAGGCUGGCCAUGACGCGCAGCAUCGGCGAUUUCGACCUUAAAAGAACAGGUGUCAUCGCUGAACCAGAAACCAAGAGGAUUUUGUUAAAUCAUGUGCACGACGCAUUUCUGGCCCUCACUACCGAUGGUGUCAACUUCAUCAUGAACAGUCAAGAGAUCUGUGAUGUCAUCAAUCAGUGUCACGACCCUAAAGAGGCGGCGCUACGAAUCUCUGAGCAGGCUCUUCAGUAUGGAUCUGAAGACAACAGCACUUCCAUGGUGGUGCCAUUCGGUGCGUGGGGCAAACACAAGAGUUCAGAUGUCAGCUUCUCCUUCAGCCGCAGUUUCGUUUCCAGUGGCCGCUUUGCCUAAACUGGGAAACAACCAACAGACAAAAGUGCAAUAUUUCGUAAAAACAACAUAUUGAGGGACACAUUAAAAAACUAUAAAGGCCACAACUCAAAAGUGUGUGGUUUCAAAAUGUAUAAUAUCUUGAUAGCGUCAGUAUUAUGCUGAAAAACUGUUUUGCGUUGAACACAUAACAAACAUUGUAAUAAUCUUUAAAACGCAGGUGAGGAACAUCACAGAUUUGCAUUCUCAGUUUGUCCUUUCAGAUUCUUGCUUUAAGUUUUCAGUGAUAAGACGUUACGUGGUCACCCCUGUUCGGCUUCUGUUCACAGACACACAACGCUUGAUAACUCUGAUGUGAAUGUCAUGGUACUGUAUAAUUAGUACGGUAAAUAGUUUACCUUGUUUCUCAUUGUAGAAUCCAGGCCCGUUCUCUCUAAUGGAAUCUCAAAACAACUUUGUUUCAUAACAGGAAUUUUAAGCACUUUGAAUCUUUUAAGGUUUCGUUAUUAUCGUAAAGGGUGUCACUGCCUUUGUAAUUAUAUGACACAAGCACAUUUCAGCAGCGGUCCAUUGAUCUUUGUCUGUUGACUAUGCAUUUUCAUUGGUUCAUAAUGAGUCUGUCUAUAAAACCUUUUUGCACAUUCCUUGUGCAUGAACACAUCUAAAUAACCGUCUCUAGUUUGUAGCAUAAAUUUUCAUCUUUAAGAACAAAUUUGAAUCCAGAUCUGCGGUUGCUGUUUCAUUAAUUUGCAAUGCAACUCGAGGACCAUUUCACAAACUAGUAGAUUUUUCUGUGCCUUUUCCAUAACCGUCUGUUUUUAUUUUUUUGCGUGUAGUUGUUAUGAAGGACUGUGGGAUCGUGGGUCAAAUUUUGAAGCGGUGACUUAUAGUUUUGCUAGACAAACAUCAUCAUGUUUUGUACAGUUUCAACUACAAUGCAUAGAGAAAAUUACAGAUGUUUGGUAUUUAUAUAAUGUGAAUAAAGGACAGUUAACUUUGUGUACAAUUGUAUAGAAGCUGUAUUUAAAUAUUUCUUUACUCAUACAGUCUCGGAGACGACGAAGUAUUUCGUUUUAAUUUUGCUAAUGUGAUCGUUGUAAUGGCGUAAAUAUUUAAUACACAAUGUGAUCAUCUCUGAUAUACACUUACUUGUUUAUAUUUCUGGAGCCAUACACAUACACCUCAGCAUCUAAUUUUACUCUUUUUAUCAUUCACACAUAAUCCUGUGUGAAGUGGAAUCUAUGUGUUUUAUUAAUUUCAUCUUAUUUUAACCUUUUAACAUGGUUCAUUUUGCUGCAAUGUUAUACAUGUACUGUUCCAGAGUUAUUUUUUUCUGUUAAUGUGUAUUAUAUACAGUGCUAACGUGCAUGGAUUUUUACAAUAACUUUUUUGAUCUGUGAUAUGUAUUUUCUGUACUGUACAUGGAAAUAACCUUGUAAAGUACGAUAUAUCUGUGAAUAAAGUUUGGUCAGAAACACUGA